CUCCCAUCAACGAUGGCGUCCGAGAACGUGGAGACGAUGACCUACUUUGCACACCUCAUCCAAGACAAACCCAUUCGGCUUGGGCGUGCUGAGGGGAAAGGCAAAGCACUUUUUGCCGCGACGCGGUUCACAGCUGGCCAAGCCAUCUUUCGUGAAAAACCCUUUGUUGCAAUGCAACAUCGCGCCAACCGCCGAACGACACAAGGGUGUGACAAUUGCUUCAAGGUGCUUGGCACAGUCGAGGAGCAACUCGCAGUCAUGCUGCAAGUUGGCACGGAUGCAAUUCCGACUGUCCCAAACGCUUUGAAGGACAGUAGCGCCGCACCCACGCAGAUACUGACUUGUCCUUGCGGUGAAGUGUACUGCUCGCUGGAAUGUCAAGUUGCCGCAUGGGAACGAUACCAUUGCUUGCUCUGUGCUGGCCACCCCGACACUCCCAUGCAAGCGUUUGUCGAUUACUCCACUGGUAGUGAUGCCUCCGUGCGUCGCUCAGCAAACGAGCACGCUCAGAAAAACGAUGCAGCGGUGAUUUACGUCUCUCCUACAGAAACCAACGAAAUCUUCUUGUUGGCCGCGCAAGUCAUUUGCUCCAUUAUCGUGCGAUACGCCAAGAGCCAGGACAUGGUCCAUGCGCGACGCCCCGUCGACGUCUUUUGCAAAUUGCCUUGGUGGGAGGUGGUGGCUGUGAACGCCGAGCUCGAAGAUGGCCAAACGUUGGAAGAGUACUGCGACAUUUUCAAGAACUUGCUGGCGCAUACACUGUCGUUGUUUUUGGAUGGGUUGCGCUUCAACGUAAGCCACAUCAUGCUCCACGACAACCACCCGGACCCGGACUCGAGCUUCAUGGCGACGAUGGAUUUUGACCAUGCGUUGGACGCGUGCGAAGCGGCGGGGGUGCUGACCCUCGACUUUUUUGCCAACGUCGUCGGCAUGUUUGAAAUGAACAACAUCAGCCUCGAAAUUCGCCACCCGCUCAACGAGUUGGCCGAGGAGCGCCACAAGAGCGGCCAUGCCCAAGUUGCAACGUGGCUCAGCACCAUCUCGGCCACGAUCCAAGCCAAGCUCAAGUUGGAACACGAAGGCGACAACGACGAUGAUGAUGACGACCAAGUGGCCGACUGGGACUUUCCAGACCUCGACGGCACAGCGCUGUACUCGCUCAUCUGCAUGAUGAACCACAGCUGCGACCCGAACGUUGCCGUCACAUACGAAACCGGCGAAGCCACGGUCGUGGCGAUCCAAGAUAUCGGUCCUGGCGACGAGUUGUGCAUUGCGUACAUCGACACGGACGUUGACGUCGACGAACGACGUGCCCAACUCAGUGAAUAUCACUUUGAGUGCGCUUGCCCACGCUGCAAAGACGAACUGGCGCAGUAGAGAUGCUCCCUCUGUCUUGCCAUGUUAUUCCCGUUGGCGGCGCUCUCGCGUUCGUUUAAAGCGCAUACGUGGCAGCACAUCCCGUGAUUCCGUUGAAGAUGUAUGUGUUGUUCAACGGCAUGAAUUGGUGUGUGAUGACCUGUGUCCAUGUGAAUCACGAUCGAAUGUCGCCGACAUUAUACCUUGACCGCUUCUUGAGCCCCGACGCCGCCCAGAAUCGCCGCAAUGUUGUGGAUUUCGACUUCGCUGUUUCGGCAUGUUUCAAUCCCAUGGUCGAGGGUGAUCCACUCUGCGGGAAACGAUUCCAACGAGU